AAAAACAUCCGAUGAGCUUAAUUAACAAUAUCAGAGGCUCAGAGCUCACCGCAACCGGUUAGUUAUAAAAGGAAACCGCUUCUUAAAAAACUGACGCGACAACCAAAAAAUGAAAUAAAAAGCUUUUUUUUUUCUAGGAAAAAAAAAUUGUUACGAAAAGCCUGCACAUGCUUUCUUCAGUUGUUGUGGGCAUUUACAAAUUUGGGGUCACCAGUAGCAGCACCUAAAUCCUUAUCCUCCCUCGUUUAGGGAAACGCCAGCUCAUCGUUUCUAGGGUUUCUUAACUUCUUGUUUAGCUGCAUUUUUGGCUAUACCAUAUUAUCUGGUUUUUUUAAGAUAAAAGAGGGAAAAAGGGAAAAAAGAAAAGAAGGGAAGAAGAGAGGGUUUAGUGUGGAUUGGAAUGAGAGAUCAAUUUAAUUCGGAUCUGUUCGACCCGAGAACUGAGAUGGAUUCGGAUUUUUCGCGUGCGGCAUCUGGUUCCGAUGGGGAUUUUGGUUUCGCUUUCAACGAUAGUAAUUUCUCCGACAGACUUCUUCGAAUCGAGAUUAUGGGUGGGCCCCAGGAGUGUCGCCCAGAUGGAGAGGGUUGCACUAGUAUCGCCGAUUGGGCCCGCCACCGCAAAAGGCGUCGAGAGGAUAUCAAGAAGGAAAACGUUUUGGAUCUUAGUUUAUGUCCUGAGGAGCAGAUUUUAAAUGACAACCAGCCUGAUAUGGACGAUGGUGUGGGCUGUGAAAAUCAAGAUGAGGAGGCAGUGGCAAUGGUUGAAGAAACACAAUCAGGUGAUGAGGAUGCAAAUAGCAAUGAAUCGAGCUGGAGCAUGAAUUGUUCUACAUUUCUGAGAGUUAAAACAUUGCAUAUCAGCUCUCCUAUUUUAGCAGCAAAAAGUCCAUUCUUCUACAAGCUUUUCUCGAAUGGGAUGAGGGAGUCAGAGCAACGACAUGUAACCUUAAGAAUCAAUGCCUCUGAGGAAGCUGCCCUCAUGGAGCUCUUGAAUUUUAUGUAUAGCAACAACUUAUCUGUCACCACAGCUCCUGCCUUGCUUGAUGUGCUAAUGGCUGCUGACAAAUUUGAGGUUGCCUCUUGCAUGAGAUAUUGCAGCCAGUUAUUGUGCGAUUUGCCCAUGACACCAGAGUCAGCCCUACUUUAUUUGGAUCUUCCCUCAAGUGUAUUAAUGGGUGAAGCUGUCCAACCAUUGACUGAUGCUGCAAAGCAGUAUCUCGCUGCCCGUUACAAGGACAUGACCAAGUUCCAGGAAGAGGUAAUGGCUUUGCCACUGGCUGGGAUUGAGGCAAUAUUGUCGAGUGAUGAUCUGCAAAUUGCAUCUGAAGAUGCUGUGUAUGACUUUGUGUUGAAGUGGGUGAGGGCUCAGUACCAAAAAUUGGAAGACCGAAAGGAAGUGCUUGGUUCACGCCUUGCAAGGUUUAUUCGCUUCCCUUAUAUGACCUGCCGGAAGCUUAAGAAGGUGUUGACAUGUAAUGAUUUUGAUCAUGAUGUUUCAUCAAAGCUUGUGCUUGAGGCCCUCUUUUUCAAGGCAGAAGCCCCACACAGACAACGAAGCUUGGCUGCAGAGGAGUCAGCCACCUCAAACCGUCGCUUUGUUGAGCGAGCUUACAAGUAUCGACCUGUUAAGGUGGUGGAAUUUGAACUUCCGCGUCAGCAAUGUGUUGUGUACCUGGACUUGAAGAGGGAGGAGUGUGCAAAUUUGUUCCCAUCUGGACGAGUUUAUUCUCAGGCGUUUCACCUGGGUGGACAAGGUUUCUUCCUGUCAGCCCAUUGCAACAUGGACCAGCAGAGCUCUUUCCAUUGCUUUGGGUUGUUUUUAGGAAUGCAGGAAAAAGGUUCGGUUAGUUUUGCAGUGGACUAUGAAUUUGCGGCAAGGUCAAAGCCAACAGAGGAGUUCGCUAGCAAAUACAAGGGCAACUACACAUUCACCGGCGGCAAGGCAGUUGGGUACAGGAAUUUAUUUGCCAUACCUUGGACAUCUUUCAUGGCUGAAGACUGUCUUUACUUCAUAAAUGGUAUUCUCCAUCUUAGGGCUGAGUUAACCAUCAGGCUCAAACCAACUUCUGUUUGAUGAAGUUUUUGAAGAGUCGAGUUGAUGCCAGUGGUUGGUUCCAGUUUAUAAUGAAACUAGUGUUCCAAUAUUAAUUUAUUUUUCUUCUUAGUAACUAAAGUGACAUAAUAUAAUUGUCUGGACGGCCUUCUCAGUAUUGGGGUGAUGGGCUGACUGAUCCUGUUCAUUGUCUAAAGUUUUUGUUAGGUGAAGUGAUGAACCUAAAGAAACAUAAUGAUAUUAUAUGACCUUUUUAAACACGCAGCUGCUUGGCCAAAAAAAAAAUCC